AUUCCGGAUUUGGAGGAGCUGACGGCAGGAACGGCGGCUUCAGCCCUAGGGCUGGUUGUGCCAAAGCCGCAGAUCCACUGGGCUCCGAAGGGAGCGGUCGCGGGCGUGGACACUCAGGAUUGGCGUAGGGUGAGCGGGAGUUCUGUCGCGGCUGCCAACAUGUUCGAAGCUGUGCUGCCGAGCUCGUUCUUCGACACUUCAGUGUCAGGAAAAAUGCCGCUGGUGGAGUAUGACAGCACAAAACUGUGCAAAAUCCUGAAUAUCGGACAGGCGGUCACAAAUCUGACAAAGCCGGGCGCUGCGUUCGGGCCGACGUCAGGAGCGCCGUCCUCCAUGGUUCUCAACGAAGUUUGCUUUUGGGUCACGCUGAAGGGUCUGUUUCAGUCAGAGGCGGCGUGUUUACGCUUGGACACGGACUCGCAGUUGCAUUUGUCGAUGAACAUGCGCACACACGACUCACUGCUGGAUUCUCUGCUGUUCUCGACAAACUUCUUCCGUUAUUUUCCAGGAUAUCUAUCAUCGACGCCCGCCUCUG